GUACAGUGCACAGUGGACGAUGAUGCUGUGUGUGUGGUUGUCCAAGAUUGUGAUUAUUUUUGACAGAUUGUGUCAAAAAACGUCUGAAUCUGAGAAAAAAUGUGGCCAGGAUAGGAGGAAAGGAUAUUAUUAGCACCAUUUUAUAUUGUGAUUAAGUUUGAUAAUUAUUCAUUCAGUGCCGACAAAAAACAUCAUCAUGGCUUCUGUCAAAGUUGCCGUUCGUGUUCGUCCGAUCAACGAGAGGGAAAUCAGCUUGGGUUCCACUUGUAUUAUAUCAACAGAAGGUAGAAAGACGAGCAUCACAAACCUAAAAAUUCCAGCGCAUGCAGCUGAGGGAGAGACUGUUUUAGGAAGAGAGCGAGUGAAAACCUUCACCUACGAUUACUCCUACUGGUCGGUUAACCCGUCAGAGCCACAAUUUGCAUCUCAAGAAAGGGUUUUCAAUGAUCUUGGUGAAGAUGUUCUCAAGUCGGCCUUUGAGGGUUACAAUGCUUGUAUCUUUGCCUACGGCCAGACAGGAUCAGGAAAGUCCUACACAAUGAUGGGGGCACAGGAUUCCCCAGGGCUAAUACCAAGGAUUUGUGAGGGACUCUUCAGUAGGAUCAAGAAAGAUGAUGAUUACGGUGCUUCCUUCCGAACUGAAGUCAGCUAUCUUGAGAUUUAUUGUGAAAGAGUACGAGACCUAUUGCGACCGAGUACACAGCAUACACUAAGAGUAAGGGAACAUCCGAGGGAUGGACCUUAUGUAGAAGAUUUAUCCAAACAUCUUGUAACUGACUACCAGGAUGUCAAAACACUCAUGGACAGGGGAAACAUUCAAAGGACGACUGCAUCCACCAUGAUGAAUGACACUAGUAGCAGGUCACAUGCAAUCUUCACCAUUACAUUCACUCAGGCUAAAUUUAAUGAUGAUAUGCCGAUUGAGACUGUGAGUAAAAUCAACCUUGUGGAUCUCGCUGGAAGUGAGAGAGCAGAUGCCACUGGGGCCACAGGGGACCGAUUAAAAGAAGGAGCAAACAUCAACAAAUCACUGGUUACCCUUGGCAAUGUCAUCUCAGCAUUAGCUGAUAUGUCGUCCAUGGUAGGGAGUCCUAUGACUACAGCCAACAAGCGCAAAUCAAUUGUCUUCAUACCAUACAGAGACUCCGUGUUAACAUGGCUCCUUAAAGACAGUCUUGGUGGAAACUCCAAGACCAUCAUGGUUGCUACCAUUUCUCCUGCUGAUGUGAAUUACGGGGAGACUCUAAGCACCUUGAGAUACGCAAACAGAGCCAAGAACAUCAUCAACAAGCCAACUAUUAAUGAGGAUCCAAACGUCAGGCUGAUAAGACAGCUGAGGGCUGAGAUUGCGAGGUUAAAGGCUUGCUUGACUGGAAUGGAUGUCACUGAUCUCCCAACGGUGGACAAACUGCAUGAAAGUGAAGCUAUGGUACAAAAACUGACUGAGGAAUGGGCCACCAAGUGGAAGGAAACUCAGAAAAUAAUGAAGGAUCGUACGCUAGCCCUAAGGUCAGAUGGGAUGGGUGUGGUCCUGGACUCCGCCCUGCCUCAUUUGAUAGGCGUGGAUGACGAUCUGCUUAGCACAGGACUGAAACUCUAUCAUAUUGUGGAAGGAGACACUUUUAUUGGAAAUCAGGAUGCUGAGGAGCCGUGUGAUCUAGUUCUCCUUGGUGCAGAUGUCCUUGAUGAGCAUUGUUGGCUGAGGAACAAAGGAGGCAUUGUUAUGCUUCAUCCAAUGAAAGAUGCUGUAUGCCUCGUCAACGGUAACCGAGUCAGUGAACCGGUGCAACUCACUCAAGGUUGUGUUGUUGGCAUCGGAGAGACCAACCUCCUACGUUUCAACCAUCCUGAGGAGGCAAAGCGGCUGCGCCAUGAACUAAAAUCAAAAUCCUGCAAUGAUCUGAGUAUGUAUCGGUCGACAGAAAACCUACUAGCAGCCACACUACGUCAUUCCAGUGGGAUGGGAAUAGAAAAGAAACACAGAGACGAAUGGAAAGAGCUUGAAGAAAAAAGAAUCGAGGUUCAUAAUCUUGAAGAGAAGUUUAAGUUAGCUGAAAUUCAGCGGCAGAAAAACCAAAGGAAGGGCGAAUGUGAUCUGGAAUCCAAGCAGCAGCAGGUUGAGAUGCUGAGACAGCAGCAGGAGCAAGCCCAGCAUCUUACGACGGAGGCGCAGCACGCUGUGGAGGAAGAGAAGAAGAAGCGUCGCCGCAAGAGUCGAGAGGUCUUGAAGCAACUGGAGGACUACAACAGAGAGAAAGAGCACAAAUGCAAGGAGCUUCAACAGAGAUUGGAGCUUCUUGAAAGGCAACGGGAGGACAGCGAGGAGAAAUGUCAACAGAUGGCUGCCUCCUUGGAACUAGAGAGGAACCAGGUCGAGGAACGAGUCCAGAAGGAGAGGAAGCAUCUCGAGGAGACGGAGAUGAAACUAAAGAAACAGAGGUCGGAGAAAGAGGAAGAGAUUGCCGAGGAGAGAGUCAGGCUUGAAGACCUACUUAGGGAGGAGAGAGAGAAGUUCCAGGUUGGAUUGAGGGAACUCGCGGAGAAAGAAGGGAAGAUGAAUGAAGCCUUGAAGCAGGCUAAACAGGAUCUUCUGAAAAAGCAAGCGAAAGUUCAACAUGAAAGGGAUGAAGAGCAUCACUUUUUGGAAAUUGAGCGAGAAAAACUGGAAGCUCUUAAAGCCAAGCAUGAAGUGGCCCGUAAACUUGCCAAAACAAUGGACCCGUCGUUAAAAGAGCAACUGGCCAUGGAGGACAAAGAAGUGGCCAAAGUGUGGGAGGACUUUGAUAAGUUAAAACAGGGACAACUGGACAAGAUUGAGGAAGCCGAAAAGAGCAUUCAAUCAAAAGCCGAGAAUCUUGUGGCGGAGAUGUGGCAGAGCAGGACAAGGCUAGACAGUGAGAAGGAGGAGCUCAAGAUUAGGAAAAAUGAGAAUCAGAAGGCCAUUGAGAUUGCCAAGAGUGAGGAGGAGAGGAUGGAGUUAAGUCAAAAGGCGAUCAGGAUAGAGGCAGAUGAGACUAGGAUAUCUGAGGAAGAGGCUUCACUAGAAACUCGGGAGGCUGACGUUGAAAAGGACAUUGAAGCUGAGUUUGUUGAACUGGAGAAACAGAAACGGCGAGAUGAGGACAACUUGGAAGCGGAGUGGACAAAACUCUUACAGAUCGAGGCCGCAAACUUACACUAUGUGGAAGAGGAGCUCUCAAAUCGGAAAACAGCUAUCGAUAACCAGAAGAAGAAGUUAGCCAUCAAUGAUGAACAUCUUAGUCUGUUUAACCUCAAACGAAGUAACACCCUGACGUCACUCAAAGAGAAGUGUGACAACAUCCCAGAUGAGAAGAAAGGGCUCCAAGAACGGCUCCAGAUGAAGGAGUGCGGCAUCCAGGAGAAGCUGUGUAAGCUGGAGGAGAGACGGGCAGAGUUGAUGGAUACAACUCAGAAGAGUGAAGAAGUGCAAAGACAGAGGAAGAAAGUGGAAGAUGCUGAGGCAUCAAAGAUUAGUUUAGAACAGUCUGAGGAGGAGCUGAAGUCAGAGACGGAGAGACUAAGUAAACUUUUGGAGGAGAUUCUCCAGGAGAACCGGCGAAUGGAGGAACUCUUGCAGACAGAGAGCUUCAGCGAGUGUAGAUUCAAAGACGAGCAAAGGAAACUGAAUGAGAAGAUGAAGAUUUUGUCGUGGACCCUAUGGUGUGUAUUUGUCUCGGGUAUGAACACGCUUGCAAGUGUAGCCCUUAUCUUAGGAUUUUCUCUACUCCGUUGUAUCUUGGAUAAUCUGAAGCACCUUGAGGAGGAGACUAGGAAGAAGGAGUUAGAUCUAACCAGACAAAGAGAGGAGUUUGAGACCGAGAGACUUGCUGAGCGAGAAUUGAUCGAAGCCGAGAGGUCAAAACUUCAAGAACUUGAGAACAAAGAGAGGAUCAGUAAACUGGUUGAGGAAACGGUGAAAGAGCGGUUACAGGAAGAGAUCAACGAGAGAGACAAACAGUUCCACGAAGACCAGGAGAAGGAGAGGCUAGAACGAGAUCUCCAGUUGGAAGAACUCAAGAAGGCUCAUAUUGAAGAGCUGGAAAGCCUCAGGAUACAAAUGAGACGGCGAGACUCUUUUGGUGGGACGUCACUGCAGGGAAAUGGUCAGUUGAAGACACCUCUGAGAAGGACCUACUCCUCGUCAGCCAUCACGCCACAUACAGACACCUUGGACGAUCCCAUCAGUGUUGUUAUUCCUAGAUAUAUGCUACGAGGUCACGGCUGGGAUGCACACUACGUGUUUGAAGUACAGAUCGAGGUUCUUGAUGACAGAUGGCAGAUAUAUCGACGCUAUUCUAAAUUCAGAGAGCUACAUGAGUAUAUGAGGAAAAAAUACCCCCAGAUUGGUCUUCUGAGUUUUCCCCCUAAGAAACUCUUCACUAACUGGUCAGAAAGAGUCAUUGCAAAACGACGUGCAGAUCUAGAGGUGUACCUGAGGAAUUUCAUCAGGGUAUGCUUACAGGUGCCUAGUUGUCCACUCUCUCCUGGUCCAGAUAGAGUCUUAUCAAAACAAACAUUGUGUGACUUCGCUACAUUCUUCCGCAAAGGGGCCUUUGAGACUACUAAAUACGGCACUGAAUGAUCGUACAUUGUUAAUGUGUAGUGAAAGAAAGUAGUUAACUUCUUUGGUUAGCUUUCAGGCCAAAGGUUUCCCAAAGGCCAGCAGCCGAUUUCACAAAACGCUAGGAUUAAUCCUGUCUCGAGUUAGGAUGAGUCACCCGUCCUAACUUAGGGUGGAUUCAAUGCGUCCCAACGUCUUCGGAUACAGAUCUAACUCAUCCUCAGUCCUAAAGAUUAAUCCUAAGUUGGGAAGAGUUUGGUAAAAUCGUUUGGUAAAAGCAGGUGUUCCAUUCUUUGUCAAGCUUUCCAUAUCCUUGAAGUGAAAAUAGUGAUACAGCAGGCUGCUGCUGUACUGAGAAUACCAUACCAGGGUGUGUACUGCAGGAUAAGAUACAGUUCAUCACCAUUGGCAGUCUUAUACGAGAGUAUAUCCUCUUUGGUUGGAAGUGCUUCUAUUGAUGUCAUUCACGAACAAAGAGGCCUUCUACCCUUGGUCAAGACUCCAUUUGCAGACUGCUAAACUAUUGUCACAUUAGGUUUACAAGGACUGUCGCCUUUUAAUCCUGUGAAAUAUACAUACAUGUAUAGCCAUAAGGCCAUGCUCAGGGAUACUGUAUCUAUCUGCACUAACGCGUUUUAUCUAUCCUUGUGUAUGGAUCAAGAAGUGAGACUCAGUCUUGCAUGUGUAGAUAA